AUGGCAUCAUGGGCUGAAUUAGCUUGUGUUUACUCCGCUCUCAUCUUGGUUGAUAAUGAUGUCGCCAUUACCGGUAAAAAGAUCUCCACUAUUCUUAAAGCUGCUGCCGUUGAUGUAGAGCCAUAUUAUGUAAAUGUGCGUGACCUCAUCACAAACAUCGGAUCUGAAGUUGAAGCUGCCCCUGCGGUUGGUGGUGCACCCGCUGCUGCUUCAACUGCGGCCCGGUAG